CACGGGCGGUGCAAUACUGCCACCAGAAAGUGCAACCUCAACCACCAAGCAAGCAGAGCAUGCCGAGCAAGCGCGCCGCAAGCUCCACCAAGACCACGGCGUCCAAGAAGAAGAAGACGACGCCCGCGCAAGGCACCGACCUUGGGGCAGAGAUGAAGUUCAAGUGCUUCCAAGACCUCCUUGGCGACCUCGCGCCGGCCGACCACGACCGCCUCCUCGACGACUGCAAGACGUGCUUUACCUGCCGCGAGGUCGAAGACGGCGAAAACUACAGCCUUGGCUCGACCUUUUUUGUCCGUGCGAACGACACGCCGACCUGCGGCAUGGAGGCGCUGGCGCUAAAGAUCUUUGCGCUGCACACCGACGGCCUGAGCUUUGACCCGGCCAACUCGGGUGCCGAGUGGUGGACGCAGCACAUUGACCACCGCGACAACAUUGGCUUCCAUUGGGACCGUGACUACGGCAUGGAAGAAGACAACGAGGAGCACGUCCACCCGCUCGUCGGCACGGUCACGUACCUCUGCGUGAACGCCGGCCCGACCGUCAUCCUCGACAAGCGCGGGACAUUUGCGUACGGCACUUCGAUCGAAGGACCGCUCACCAAGUGCAUUGUGAGCCGACCAGUCGCGGGCAAGCACAUUACGUUUGACGGCGAGCUUCUCCACGGCGCGCCGUCGUCGCUGGCGUUUCCGGAAGUUGACGAAGACGUCGAGGGCCUGCGCGUGACGUUCCUUGUCAACAUUUGGGUCGACCACGUCCCGAUUCAGUCGGAGCGGAUGGAUGCAACUGUCGCGGCUGGCUUGAAGCUCACGUCGGCCGCGGUUGCGCCGCUCGCCCUGCGCACGAAAAACACGGAGCAGGCGCUACUCCAAAUCUAUGGCGCCACGGAGCCGACAAAGUUCCAUCGAUGGGGCAUCAACAGCGGUGAAGAAGACUACAUCAUUCAAGUCACAUUGCCAACGACACUCCGCGGCGCCGCGGCCGGCUCGUCGGUCGACUGCUUGCUCCUCAAGGACUCGUGCAUUGUUGAGGGCGAGCUCUCCGAAUCGGAAGAUGACGAUGAGGAGGAGGAUGACGAUGGUGAGGAGGACGACGACGAGUAAAUAAAAAAUCGCAAGGUCAUUUGUUUUGUUGACCACGUUGUGUAGCACACUGUACUAGACCA